GUGGUCAGACAGUGAGUACCACCGAUUCCUCCACCAGCAACAGGGAAAGUGUCAAGUCGGAAGACGGUGAUGAUGAGGAGCCCCCCUACCGGGGCCCCUUCUGUGGGCGCGCCAGGGUGCACACUGACUUCACACCCAGUCCCUAUGACACAGACUCACUCAAGCUCAAGAAAGGAGACAUCAUUGAUAUAAUCAGCAAACCACCCAUGGGCACCUGGAUGGGCCUGUUGAACAACAAGGUGGGCACCUUCAAGUUCAUCUACGUGGACGUGCUGAACGAGGAAGAGGAGAAGCCCAAGCGCCCCACCAGGAGGAAGAGAAAAGGAAGACCACCCCAGCCCAAGUCCGUGGAGGAUCUCCUCGACCGGAUUAACCUGAAAGAGCACAUGCCCACCUUCCUGUUCAAUGGAUAUGAGGAUCUGGACACCUUUAAGCUCCUGGAGGAGGAGGACUUGGAUGAGUUAAACAUCAGGGACCCAGAACACAGAGCCGUUCUCCUGACAGCGGUGGAGCUGCUGCAGGAGUAUGACAGUAACAGCGACCAGUCUGGAUCCCAGGAGAAGCUGCUCAUUGACAGCCAGGCCCUGAGCGGGUGCUCCCCACGAGACUCAGGAUGCUAUGAAAGCAGUGAGAACCUGGAAAAUGGUAAUGUCGGCACAGAUGACCAUGGGGGCACCGUCAUGUGCUUUGGCUAAUGACUGUCUUUCUUCCUCUGUCUGAGCUUUGGGGAAAUACAGGCAAUAGAAGGAGGACAUUUUCUAGGAUUAUUGGUGCUUAAUUAAGAUCCUCAGG